AAUUGAUGGUGAUAUCGUAUUUAAGAAGAGCUGAGUGGCAGAGGAGGAGGGCAGCAGCCUGACAAAGCCACUGCAAAUGGCCCUGAGCCCUUCACCGCGGGGAAGGCGGAGGAUGCUGACGGAUGCUUGGGAUGCUCCAGGCUGCGGGGGAAUGCCCAGAGGAUGCUCGAGGCCAUUAGGACGAUGCUGAAGGCUACGGGGAGGAUGCUCACGGACGCUCGGGUUGCUCUGGGUUUCAGCGGGAUGCUCAGAGGAUACUCAGAGCCAUGGGGAGGAUGCUGAAGGCAACAAGGGGGACGCUCAGGGGUGCGCGGGAUGCUGCGGCUUGCAGGGAGACGCUCGGGGACGCUCCGAGGAUGCUCAGAGGGCCAUGGGGAGGGUGCCGGCAUCCCGCAGGGGGGGUUGCCGCGGGAGGAGGCCGGGGGCUGCCGGGGCGGAGCCGCGGGGCCCCUCCCGACGGUGCUAUAAACUGGCGGGGCGCGGACACGGGGAAGCUGUCGCUGGGGUGCCCGGGGCCGGGCACUGCCCUGCCCGCAGCCUGCCCUGCGCCAUGGCGAGGGGACAGCUGUCGGGGGGCGCCUGGGGGGCCCUGGUGCUGCUGGGGCUGAUGCUGCCGGCCGCCCCGGCGGGCGCCUGGUACAAGCACGUCGCCAGCCCCCGGUACCACACGGUGGGUCGCGCCUCGGGGCUGCUGAUGGGGGUCCGCCGCUCUCCCUACCUCUGGCGGCGGGAGCUGCCGGCAGAGCCCCUCCGGUACCCCGGUACCUCCGGCGGGGACAGCCCCCCAUCCCCGGGGCAGAGCCCCCCGGCCGCCGGCCCGGCCCCGCCGCCUCCCGGUCCCGGCCGCCUCCUGCAGCGCCUGCUCCGGCGGGGCUGGGGCUGGGGCGGCCCCCGCCCGACCCCCGCCCGGCCCCCGCCCGGCCCCCGGCAGCCCCAGCUCUUCCCGCUGGCUCGGAGCCGCUGACAGAGGAGGUGGAGAUGCUCCGUGUGCCAGAGGAGCAGUGGCUGCCCCAGGUGGGACCUGCUCACCUGGCUGGCAGGGAAGGGUCUCCUCGGCCGAGCUCCGGGUACUCUGACCUCUCUGAAACCACACAGACAGUGACAUCCCAAAAAAUCUGAUUUCUCACGGCCGCUGCCCAGCCGCAGCGGUAAAUCCAUCUUGUUGCCAGGUCAGCCUUGUGCUAUGAACUCGGGGAGAAAGAAACAGAGGAGAUAUUUAUUUUUGUUUAUUUUUUUUACAUUUCUGUACUGGCUUGUUUGCAAUCGGAUAGAAACAUGUACUGUUCGCUUCCUCGGAACCUGCCCUCAUUAAAAUGAGAUGUGAUCAAAGGAAA